AUGAGUCCUGUCGCUACCGGCUCCAGCACUCAGCCUGGGCCGACGAGUCAACCCCACUCAGCGUCGCCACUGGCCACGCUCGAAAACGAAGCACGAGAUAGUACGCAGCGUCAGCAAAGCCCUGCUCAGAACGCUUCGACCCCGGAGCAACUGUCCUUGGAUAUUGCUUUCUACGAUCUCCAGGCCCGUCAGCCGGACUCUCAUGAACCAAUAUUCGUCGCGGAGAGAUCCGAGGUUCAUCAUUUGGAUGCGCCCUUCCCUUGUGCGAUCGACGGCUGCAUGACCUAUAUCGCGCCGAAGAAUCAAGAUAUCAAGGACCACCUUGCAUAUGCCCACUCAAUACGAGAUCCCGUCCGAUGUCCCUGGCCAGACCAUCUGUGCAAGGACAAACACGACCUGAAGGAUGCGCGUACCGUGUGCCGUCACAUCAGAGAACGGCACGGGUGGAAGUUCACUUGGCGAUGCCCCUGGUGUAGGAAGGACUAUCCGCCGGGUAUGAGGAGGGACAGCGCACGUAGACUAAACAAGGAUUGCUUCGAUAAAGAGCAGGCCAAGCGUCAAGUCCAGCUGGUCAUCGCGGAGGUGACGAAGCUCAUUGAGGAGCGACCAGAACUAGCAGAAGAUCUGCUCGCGUCGUGCCCGUCAGUCUUCGAAGGCCUGAAUGCACCCCAGGAGUAG